AUGGAAUUUUUUAUAUGGAAAGAAGAUGAUAUAAAAAUAGAUGAAGAACUAAAAAAGACAUUAAAUGAAGGAAUAAUAAAAUAUGAUGACAUUAUAGAUAUACAUAACAAAUUGAAAAUAUUUCGUUCUUUUAAAUUUGAUAAUUUAAACUAUCAUUCAGAUAAAUGUAUUUUAGCUAGAGAAUUUGUAAUAAUAUAUAUGUUAUCUUAUAAAAAGUACAUUGAAUCAUUAAAGGAUACUAAUUUACAAAUAAUUAUAAAAACUAUAAAAAGAACUAUAUUAAGUGUUAAUAAUAUAAUAAGUAAUAUAACCGAGCAGAUAUUAAAAUGUUUUUGUAUGUUGAGAAAUUUAUACAAUGAUAUUUUAAAAUUAAAUAAUGUUUAUUUAACAGAUUACUGCCUAUUUUCUAUAAUUGAAGGAAUUUUAGGAAUAUUAGAUGAUGAAAAAAUUCAUCAAGCAAAAGCAUCUAUAUGGGGAAUAUCUUGUUUUUUAUCAUUAAUUAUUUCUAACUAUAAAAAAGCAUAUUUUAUAUAUAAAGGAAUAGUAUCUUAUAAAUGCAUUUAUACCAUUCCUUUGUUUUUUGAAAUUCCUGAAUAUUUAUCAAAGGAAAAAUUAUAUGAUAUAAUCCUUGAGCAGAAUGAUGAAUUUCUCUGCUCUAAUUAUUCACGAAUUGAAGCAUUUAUUAAAUUACAUUUAUCAAUUUUUAUAAUUUUAAAUGACACAAGAGAAAUAUGGUGUUAUUUAACGGAAAUUCUAAAUAGUGCUUUUAGAAGAAAAACGUACAUAUAUUUUUGUUUAAUUUAUUCUUCCCUUGACAUUUCUGCUUAUUAUUGCAAGUUAACAUUUGGAAAUUAUUUUGAAAGUUUAUUAAUUUUAUUAAAAACAAAAUUAAUGCCACUUUUAGAAGAAGAAUUGAAAAAUAAACCUCCACCAACUAAUGUAGAAAAAAUUGUAGAUUAUUAUAUUAAAAAAUUAUAUGUAGAGCAUUUAAAUAAUAAUUUAAAUCCAACUUUACCUGAAGGAAUAGUUGUAAUACCUGAUGAAAAAAUAUUAUACUUAGGUGUAGGAAGUUAA